AUGCCUCGACCAACCCUCGACUUCGAUGCACGAGCAGCAAGCGAACCACUUCUUCGCACUACCAGCGCUGCACGCCGACAUCUUACAAGUUUUUGGGAUGGAUUUGUCGAUUUCGCUUUCAAUGAUAAUGUUCUCCACGUUGCUAUUGGUUUGAUAAUAGCGCAGUCCUUCACGACUUUAAUCACCUCCCUGGUGUCAUCCGUUCUUCUUCCACCGCUUUCUCUUCUUCCUUUUUUGAACAAAAAUUUGGAUGAGAAAUUCGCUGUUCUGAGACCUGGUCCCCACUAUGGCGGUACUUUGCAUAACCAUACCGAAAUUGGCGGUGGAGCAGGUGAAGGUGUGGAGGGAAAUAGUACUGUGGUAGUCCAGAUGGGUAUUGAAUUCUUGUAUGGAGCUGGGUAUAAUACGCUGAAGCAGGCGUUGGAUGAUGGGGCUAUUGUUUUGGCUUGGGGCUCCUUUUUAAACAACGUAAUAAACUUCAUAGGCGUCGGUCUCGCACUCUACGGCAUCGCCGGUCUCUACCAAUAUUUCAGCCAAGAUAAUGCUAUCAUCAAACACAAUGUCCGCUGCAGAUAUUGCCGCAAGAAGAUUUUCGAGAAGGCACUCCGAUGCGUAUUCUGCAGCUCAUGGCAAGAUGGCCGCGAAGAUCUUCCUCCCGCUCCCGCUGCUCCCGCUGCUCCCACUCCUCCCAGAUAA